CCAUGUGCGCAACAAAAUGGCGGAGGGGAGCGCUGAACGAGAACGACAAGGAGGUCGAAAAAUGGACAAAUCUCACGAAAAUGCGCCCAACGAGACCGAACAGAACGGUGAAGAAUUAGAACCGAACUUCGACGAUCCAGAGGACUUCGUUGAUACUGUGAAAGAUGAUGAACUUCUCGGGGAUAUCCUGAAGCAGCGCCCUCAACGAGCCAUCGGCAGCGAUUCGGUCAUCGUUGUUGACAACAUCCCAAAUGUCGGUCAAGACCGACUGCCAAAACUCAAGAACGUCAUCCGACGAAUCUUCAGCAAGUUUGGUGAAAUCAUCACCGAGCAUUACCCAGAUGAAAAUGGCCUCACCAAGGGGUUCAUAUUUUUGGAAUUUUCCUCACCGGUGAACGCAAUGGAAGCCGCUAAGCAGAUGAAUGGGUACCGGUUGGAUAAGACUCACAUGUUCUCGGUCAAUCUGUUCUCAGAUAUAGACAAGUACGCCCAGAUUGAGGAUAAAUGGGAGCCACCUAAGCCUGAGCCUUACAAAGACUUUGGCAACAUGAGGUUCUGGCUGCAGGAGCAAGACUGCAAUGACCAGUACAGCGUCAUCUUUGACGGUGGGGAGAAGACCUCCAUCUUUGCAAACUCUUCCACAGAUGCCACUCUUGUGGAAGAGCGAAAGCAUUGGACAGAGACGUAUGUAAGGUGGUCACCUCAAGGCACCUACCUCUCCACCUUCCACCAGAGGGGUAUUGCCCUGUGGGGAGGACCAAAGUUUGAGCAGAUCAAGAAGUUUCUUCACCCCGGCGUUCAGCUGAUUGAUUUCUCCCCCUGUGAGAGAUACCUUGUGACAUUCAGCCCACUGAUUGACAUGAGAGAUGAGCCUCAAGCCAUUAUUAUAUGGGAUGUACUCACUGGCAAGAAGAAGAGAGGUUUCCACUGUGAGAAUGCAGCACACUGGCCGAUAUUCAAGUGGAGUCAUGACGGCAAGUACUUCGCUAAGCAAUCUACGGACAUGCUAAGCAUCUAUGAAACGCCAUCCUUUGGGUUACUGGAGAAGAAGAGUAUGAAGAUAACAGAUAUCAGGGAUUUUGCCUGGUCCCCAGCCGACAACAUCCUGGCUUACUGGGUACCGGAGGUGAGCGAAAGCCCGGCUAGGGUCACCCUGGUUGAGAUCCCCUCCCGCAAGGAGCUUCGAGCCAAGACGUUGUUCAACGUCGCUGACUGCAAGAUCCACUGGCAGAAACAGGGAGACUACCUCUGCGUCAAGGUGGACCGCUACUCUAACAAGAAUAAAAAGGUGUCACUGUGGAACUUUGAGCUGUUCCGUAUGAGAGAGAAGCAGAUCCCAGUGGAUCAGGUCGAGGUCAAGGAGACCAUUACUGCAUUCGCCUGGGAACCCACUGGCUCCCGAUUCUGCUGCCUCCACGGGGAAUCCCCACGCAUCUCUGCGAGUUUCUACAAGAUCCACGAGAAGGGAAAGGUGGAACUUGUCAAGUGCCUGGAAAGAAAACAGGCCAACACCAUCUUCUGGGCUCCUACCGGUCAGUUCGUGGUGCUUGCUGGUCUAAGAAGUAUGAACGGCACCUUUGAGUUCAUCGAUGCUGCAGACAUGACUGUCAUGAAUAUGACUGAGCAUUUCAUGGCUACAGACGUAGAGUGGGAUCCCACUGGACGCUACGUAGUCACAGGGGUCAGCUGGUGGAGUCACAAGGUCGACAACGCCUACUGGGUGUGGAGCUUCCAGGGUCGUCUGCUGCAAAAAUGUAACCGGGAUCGCUUCUGUCAGCUGCUCUGGCGUCCUUGUCCACCAUCGCUGCUUAAAGACAAACAAAUCAAGGACAUUAAGAAGAAUAUGAAGACGUACAACAAGCAGUUUGAGUUGAAGGAUCGUAUGAGCCAUUCCAAGGCCUCCAAGGAGUUGAUAGAGAAACGCCAGCAGAUGCUGGAUGAGUUUAGCCAGUUCCGCCAAGCCCAGAAGGAACGCUACGAACAAAACAGGCAAAUACGUGUGGAGCUACGAGAUGGGGUAGACACGGACAACAUAUAUGCUAGCGAGGAAGAGGAAGAGGUGGUCGAGUUCUUUGUAAGUGAAGAAAUCCUUGAAGUCAACGAAUUCGAAUACGAGUAAUCCUCAGGCCGCCUUCCGAGACACGUACCCGUUUAAAUCUCUCUCUGUCUCCCUCUAGUGGCGGAGAUUUUCCAUCCAUUCUCGCUACUACUUUGAACAAUUUCUUCUUGCUCAUCUGCAAACCGACGAUAGAUUUGUUUUUGCGGCAGAGGGACAUAAAUUUUAUCGUGUUGGAUUAUUAUUAUUCGAUCUUUGUCGUUUUGUGUGGCUUUUGGUUCGGAGAGACGUGAUAACCAUUUGCCUCUGGAUUGCUUUUUGGAAGUCGUCUGUGGUCGUAACUUUCUUAUAUGUAUGUCAUCAUAUUGAAGAGAUAAGCAUUUAAGGGGAAUUCGGAUAAGCUCUUUUGCUUAAAAAGUAAGAUCGAUUUUAUUGAAGUUUGUUUAAUAUUAAUCUUUAAUUGUACUAGCCUUAAAAGUCACAUGCAAUCUCUGCAUUAUUGUUGAGGUUGAGAUUUGAGUCUGACUGUUAUUCUUUGGCUUAAUAGAAAGUAAAUUUUCAGGACACAAUUUUACCCUUUUUGAUAGGGUCACUACAAGUAGCUAACUUCCUUAGGAUAUUUAAUAGCAUACAUAUCUAAAUACUAGACUAAACUAUUCCUUUUUCUUGUUAAAACAUAAUUGAAACUUGCUUUUAGACAUCGAAAAGUUGGGUCAUAUACAAUUUUGAAAUUAAUUGAAUCGGAUUUUGAAAUCAUGCCGAAGUAUAAAGGCAACGGCAACUUGAAGCCGAGCUCAAAAUGUCGUUUCGUUUCAAAAGUUCAGGGACCCAGGGAUAUUUUGUCUUUGAAUUCCAAAGGACGAGUCUUUUUUAACAGAGGGGGAACCCAGAUCUUCACGAAGCUGGUUUCAAAGGUUGUGGAAAGCUACAGUGCCUGUUUCCGAUUGUUGAUGCUCUUGUGUUGUCAAGUUUUACCUCAUGGAUAUGAACUGACUUCUUUCUAUGGAAUAUAUCCCUCUCCCUUCAGGUUGUCUUGAUCCUCAAUAAAAUACCUCUUAGUAGAAGUAGACAAA